GCUGGCGGCUGGCCGGCCCGCGCGCUCCCGCCCCGCCCCCUCCCGCGCGCGCUCUCCGGCGAGGAGGAAAACGUUGCGCAGGUUCAAAAAUGGGACGUCGGCGGCGUGAGGCAACGCGAGGGGGUGUGCGCGCGUGCGCGUGCGCGUGCGCGCCCAGACUAGGGUGACUGGGACCCCGCCGGCCCCAGCAUCACGCGCGGUAGCCGCGGCCCCGCAGCUCCGCCCCCGGCCCGGCCAGGCCCGGCCCCGGGCCCGCUCGCCCGCUUCCCCGCAUGGAGCUGUCAGCCAUCGGCGAGCAGGUGUUCGCUGUGGAGAGCAUCCGGAAAAAGCGCGUGCGGAAGGGUAAAGUCGAAUAUCUGGUGAAGUGGAAAGGAUGGCCCCCAAAGUACAGCACGUGGGAGCCAGAAGAGCACAUCCUGGACCCCCGCCUCGUCAUGGCCUAUGAGGAGAAAGAGGAGAGAGACCGAGCGUCGGGGUAUAGGAAGAGAGGUCCGAAACCCAAGCGGCUUCUGCUGCAGCGGCUGUACAGCAUGGACCUGCGGAGCUCCCACAAGGCCAAGGGCAAGGAGAAGCUCUGCUUCUCUCUGACGCGCCCACUCGGCAGCGGGAGCCCCGAGGGGGUGGUCAAGGCGGGGGCACCCGAGCUGGUGGACAAGGGCCCCUUGGUGCCCACCCUGCCCUUCCCGCUCCGCAAGCCGCGCAAGGCCCACAAGUACCUGCGGCUCUCACGCAAGAAGUUCCCACCCCGCGGGCCCAACCUGGAGAGUCACAGCCAUCGACGGGAGCUCUUCCUGCAGGAGUCACCGGCCCCAGACGCCCUGCAGGCGGCCAGCGAGUGGGAGCCCACCGAGCAGCCCCCUGAGGAGGAGGCUGAGGCAGACCUGGCCGAGGGGCCUCCUCCCUGGACACCUGCGCUCCCCCCAAGUGAGGUAACUGUGACAGACAUCACCGCCAACUCCGUCACCGUCACCUUCCGGGAGGCCCAGGCAGCUGAGGGCUUCUUCCGAGACCGCAGUGGGAAGUUCUGAAUCACCGUUUUUUACUCUCUUAAACUGUUUCUUUUGGGCUUCGGGUGGGGACUUCAGAGAUGGAGGGUGGGGGCGGGGUAAUUAUUUUAUUUAAAAGAAAAACUGAGCAGAAGAAGAGGGGAAGAUCUUCCCACCCUGCCCUUCCCUCUGUGAGGGGUGUUUACAGAGAGGCCUUGGGCAAGGGCUGGCCAAGCGUUGCUCUGGAAGUUGGAGCAUCAUCCUGAGGGCAGGACAGGCUGAGGCCUCCCUGCCUGGUACACCUCCGUCCUCAUUCUCUAGGUCCUCAUUUUCUAGAGAUGCAGUGGCUGGUUCUGGGAGUUCCAGGAGCAUUGGGAGGCCCAGGCCCGCUUCCUUGAGCAGCCUGCUCCAGUCAUGUGGCUGGUUUUCCCCUUCCCUUUUCUUGAUGGGUUCUCUGUUUUGAAGUUCCACUCCAGCUCUGUGGUGGGCUGCCAAGGCUGUCUUUGACCAGAAGUGACUGAGUCACCAAGCAGGGACAGGAGGAAGGGUUUGAGAUUGUCCACUCCCUUUCAGAGCGGUCUGUAUCCUUCCCAGGGAGGAGGCUGCCAGCUGAGACGCUUCUGCUGAGUGCUCCACCCUCCCCCAUCACCUGGUCUGUGCAGAAAUAUGACGCUGAGCUGCACAGGUGUGCAGCACUGCCUUUGGCGUGUACAUCCACACAUCCCCAAGAACGUGUGUGUCUACAGACAUGUCCACGUGGGCCUUGCAAAUCUGCUUUAGAACCUGACCAAGUGAACGUGGGGUGAUUCACAGCACAAAAGAACUUGCUGCAACACCCCACGUUCCCGCCACCCUCACCUCACCUUGCAUGUGCAUCACGUGAUAGGAUUUACCCCGACUUGGUUUGACUGCAGAGGUCAGCAGAGGGCAGGGGCCUGGCCAUGGGUGCGAUGGCAUCUCUGCUGCUGGGAUGCAGAUGUGGUUUUGUGGCUGCCCCCGGCUAGGUUACAGGUGUGCAAGCCUCUGCCAAGUUGUGCAUUGCAUCAGCACAAGCGCUAAAACACUAGGGCCCUGUUCUUCCUCCCCAGGGGAGUUCUUGUUCUUUCUGACUCAGGUGACCUUUCAGCCCCCUGACUCCUGUCUUUUUCUGCCCUCUCCUCCAGCUCAUUCGAGCUGGAUGUGGUGUGGGUGUAGGCAGUCAGGGAGGGAAGGAGUGGCCUGCCACCUUCUCAGGGCAUCCCUCAACUCCUGAACCAGUCCUCCAUUCUGUGUCCCUUUCCCAUCCAACCUAAAUGCUACAGCUAAGCUGACACUGUUUUCCCGUGGGGGAACCUCCCCCGUGUCUUCCUGAGGUGGGCUGCUCUGCAUGGUGUCAGGCUGUGCACAAGCCCCACGCCCUUGCGAGGAGCUGUGUCUUCCAGGAGGAAGGCGCUUGUUUUCUAGCUUGUACAAGGUGCCCUAUGGGCUGGCAGCUUCCCUGCCAGUGAGGAGUGGCUUCUCCCUCCAUCCCAGUCCUGUAGGAGAGAAAGAACCAGAUCAGGAAGCAUGAAAAGACCAUAUACCCAUCUUCCCACCAAUGUCAGGGUAAUCUGAACAGGGAGUGGAGUGUGGCCAGAGUUUAAAACCUGCUUGUCCUUCCCAGUGUUGUUCCCCAGCCCCGUGCUGUGUCCUCAGGAAGCCAGCAGGAUCUCUGCUAAGGCACAGAGAGGGUGAUUCUUUGCCCACACCCUUUCCCCAGGUCCCAAACCAAAGAUGGCUUAUGCCCCAUUUCUGUUUGGGGUAUUCUGUUGGCAAAAUUCCCAAACCUCUCAGUGCGUGUGUGUCUCUCUCUCUCCCCCCUCCCCUUCCUCCUUAAUCCUUAGUUGUCCAGGGUCAAUUCAGUGCUUCCAUUGGGGGAUAGUCCCCGUUGGGGUGACCUGAUUCACCCCCAGCCCAGGGAAUUGAAUCUAGAGGAACAUGGGUUAAGGCAGGAAAAGGAAGGAGCGGCAGGAAUCUGACCCACCAGCUGUGGGGUCCUGGGUCGGGAAAGGGGAAGCUUGGUGUUGGGAAGACUCUGCUCCCAGCCGGGGUGAAGGUGGUGGAGAUGAGAGUUGGGGGUCUCUCUCCAGUUGGAUGUGUUGUUCCAUUGGCUUAGGACAUGGCUGGCAGCUUCCAGGAGACAUCACUUGUUCCCCAACCCCCAGGGGACACAGACUCUUCCUGCUUCCCGGGUACUUUCAAAGAAUUAUUUGUACAAUCUGUAGGUUUGUGGUUCAGGGGGCUUUUGUGGAUGAGGCAGUUGUUUUUCUUUCUGCAGCAGGAGACCUCAUUUUUCCUCUUAACUCAGUCCUUUGUGGCCCUUGGGGGAACCCUGUGGCCCAGGGAGGGCUGAACUACAGGGUGACCUGGGAUGAGUGGGCCCAAGAUGCCCAGCUCAGGGCAGCAUGUGGCUCGAGGGCUGCUUUGAGCCAGAAACAGGCGGUGGACUGCUAGGAGGAGUGCCCCCAGGACAGGUGACUUCUGUGAGGUCAUCUAUGGGUAUGGCUACACAGGCCUCCUCCCAGCCUGGAGUGUCCCAGAAGGGGCAAAGUAGAUAGUGACCUCCCCCCCCACACACCCUCCUCAGAAGGCCAGUACUCCUAGGGGUGGGGGGAGGGCUCAGAAAGUGUUUGACCACCUGCCUUUAUUCCCCCAGCCCUCUCCCUGUUGUGAAUGUAGAGACCGGUAGGUACUUUUUCUUUUGCAGUGGGACGGGAUGGGGAAAAUGUUCCUCCACCUCUGCACGGCCACUUGCACUGUGUGGCCAAGCCCAGGAGGGUUCCAGGAUCAUCACUGCUCUUAGGGAGAUAGUCCCCAGUGCCAAUUCCCUCCUCUCUUUUUGCUCUGGGGAAGGCGCUAGGCAUCUUUGAGGUGGGUGAGCUUUCGCCUUUUAAGUGCCCCGCCAGCGGCCUCCAGGUCUCAGCCCAAGAGCGCUUCCUUUGCACAGAUGAGCUUCGACUUUGUUCAGACUAAAUGAAUGUAUCUGGGAGGGGCGGGGCGGGCUGAUCCCAAGCACAAGCCUUUUCUGAGCAAGUGUGCUGGGAGAGACAGGGCGGGCAUAGAGCGUGGUUUUAUUUUUGUACUGACAUUGGUAAGAGAUGUAUAGCAUCUAUUUAUUUAGAUGAUUUAUCUGGUAAAUGAGGCAAAAAAAUAUAUUAAAGAUGAUUUAAAAAGAAAAGAAAACUCAUGGACAUUUAAUCUUUGCA